AUGGAUUUCUCGAAUUGCACUGUGGUGGAAAUGUAUGUGAAGAGCGGUUUCCUCAAGUCGCUUAUGAUUGUACAGGCAAGUUCCUCAAUUUUUUAUGCCUUUUCUCAACAGCAUUCACUGCUCGUCGUGUCUACCGAACUGUGCUUAUCGAUUUGCCUUUUAAAGAAUACUUGUUGGUUUGUUACGGGAUUCAAAUUAUUCAAUCGGCUUCUCUUGGUUUCUUACAGAUUCAUCUCGAACAUCCCAAUGAACGGUCUUCCAUUUGUCAAUGCAGCGUUGACCAUUUUUCGUUUAUUAAUCUUUUUACUUCGUACUGAUUGUAAACGAAAGCAAAUGCAAUUGUUGAGGAUCUGUGAACUAUUGACGAUAUUAUGCUUUGUGCUCGAUUCGUCAUAUCGAUAUUGGGGCGUCGAAUUUCCGGAAAAAGUCGCUUAUUGUACUGGGAAUAUGCAGCAAUUGGCGGCAAAAUUGAAUCUCGAAUCUUAUAUUUCGCUGGGAAUGGAAGUAGUGACAAAUUUGAUUGGGAUUUGGCUAUUCAGGAAGCACAAACAAGAUCUCUCCCAUAAAGACAAGCGUUCCUAUGAUGUGAAUGUGACAUUGAUGAGACGGCAAAUUAUGUACACUUAUAUUCUAUUUUUACCCUACAGUAUCCUCCACACAAUCUCUUUUGGAGUCUUCAAUCUUGUGUCGAUUUUUUAUCGAAAUCAUUUCUACGCUUUACCCGAACCCGACUAUUCGGCUGGAUCUGGAUUCACUUAUAUUCCCUUAUAUUUUUCCGUGUUUUCUCCAUGGAUACUUUAUUUAUUGUGU